UUUUCAGGUGUUAGCUAGCAAAAAUGGUUGAGCUUGGAGGAAAAGGGCCAUACUCGACAUCGUUCGAUAACUCUGUCUUCAUCAUCCCCGCAAUCGUUAUUGUAGCCGUUUUCGCCUACGCCGUUAUCAAGCUCCGUGACACCACUUUGGCUAAGGAUAACAAAAGCACGGCUCGUCAACGCCGUGAGGAGAAGAAGAAGGCCAAGUAAAUGUACAAAAACAGGACUACAUCCAAAGUUCACAUUCCAAAGACAACUCGACAUACAAUUUAACAAUUUAUACUUCGAUUUCCAUUUGGGUUUUUUUGUAUUUAUUUAAAAGUUUUAUUUGAUAUUAAUAACGUUUUCUAAUGUAAAAAUAAAAUUGAUGAACGGAUCUU